UCCCCCGUGUAAGAGUGAGGUGGAGGAGGACAUUCCAGGAGAUGUCACCACAGGAAAUUCCAGUAAGAAUUCUGAGGGAAACUUCAUGUUAUUACUAGAUUAUAAAGUAGAAGCUGAAGAUAUCACGCAGUGCUCCUCAGGAGAAAACCUCAUUAACUUUAAUGGACAUCCAGGAUUUCUCAGUACAGUUCUAUCCUAUAAUCCCCCUGAUCAUGAGGAACCUUCUCCUAACAAAUCACAGAUUGUUAUCACAAGUACCGGGCAGAAAGGGGAUGAAAGGUUUGAAUGUGGUAAAGAGUUGCCAAAAGGCUCAGGUCUUUCUACGCACAGAAGAAUUCCAACAGGGGAGAAGCCAUACUCCUGUUCACAAUGUGGAAAAUAUUUUACAUAUAAAUCCCAGCUUGUUAGACAUGAAAGAAGGCACACAGGAGAGAAGCCAUUUUCCUGUUCAGAUUGUGGGAAGUGUUUUACAAGGAAAUCAAUUCUUGAUGCACAUGAGAGAAGCCACACAGAAAAUUCCAGUAAGAAUUCUGAGGGAAACUUCAAGUUACCACUAGAUUAUAAAGUUAAAGAUGAAGCUAUCAUGCAUCGCCCUUCAGGAGAAAACCUUAAUGUAUGUCCUGGACUUCACAGUACAGAUCUAUCAUAUAAUCCUCCUAAUCGUGAGGAACCUUCUCCUGACCAAUCGCAGAUUGUUACCACAAGUAUAAGUCAGAAAGGGUGUGAAAAGGUUCACUGUGGUAAAGAGUCCACAAAAAGAUCAGGUCUUUCCACACACAGAGGAAUUCACACAAGGGAAAAGCCAUUCUCCUGUUCAGAAUGUGGGAAGUGCUUUACAGUGAAGUCAAACCUUGUUGCACAUAAGAGAGUUCACAGAGGAGAGAAGCCGCAUUCAUGUUCAGAAUGUGGGAAACGUUUUACACAAAAAUCGAAUCUUGUUAAACAUCAGAGAAUUCACACAGGAGAGAAUCUGUAUCCAUGUUCACAAUGUGGGAAGUGCUUUACAGGAAAAUCAAAACUUGUAAUUCAUGAGAGAAGUCACACAGGAGAGAAGCCAUAUUCAUGUUCAGAAUGUGGAAAAUGUUUUACACAACAAUCAUAUCUUGUUAUACAUGAGAGACUUCACACAGGAGAGAAGCCAUAUUCAUGUUUAGAAUGUGGGAAAUGUUUUAUACGGAAAUCAUAUCUUGUUAAACAUCAGAGUGUUCACACAGGGGAAAAACCGUAUUCGUGUCCAGAAUGUGGUAAAUGUUUUAGACAAAAAUCUGACCUUGUUACACAUGAGAGACAUCACACAGGAGAGAAGCCAUUUUCAUGUUCAGAAUGUGAGAAAUGUUUUACACGGAAAUCAUAUCUUGUAAAACAUCAGAGAAGUCAUACAGGAGAGAAGCCAUAUUGUUGUUCAGAAUGUGGGAAGUGCUUUUCAGAUACAUUAAAACUUGUUAAACAUUUUAGAAUUCACACAGGUGAGAAACCAAUUUAACAUAUUAGGUUUAGAGAUGAGUAAAUAUCUCAAAAUUCCUUUUGAGCUGAUCAGAAUUAGAUUUGGGUCCAAAUAAAUUCUACCUGCAACUAAAGUGCUCUGAUUGCCUGGAAAAGUCUCUUUUUCUGUGUGUGUCUGUCUCUCUUCUCCUUGAUUGUUCCAAAUUAACUGACAAAGUUCGA